GGAGUAGGAGAAGGGGUAUUUGGGGAAAGAAAGAAGGAGAAAAAAAGUGCAAGUCGUCUUAGAGGAAGAGGGGGAGUAGGAAGGGUGGGAGCGAGGUGGAGGGGGUAUAAGAGAAAAAAGGGGGAGAAAGGGGGUGGGGAAGAGGCGAGGAGGGGACGCAUCAAUUUGUACAGUCUCCAGUUGGCACCCCUGUUUUUUUUCCUCCCCCUGCAACGAAUAGAAGGAGAUUUUCCUCUUGUGCAUUUAUUGUUAUGAUCGGAGCCCGAUGCAACAUGAGCCAGCACGAGCCCGUGUUGACAGACGCCUGGGCUGUGAGGCGUGCGUGUCAGCGUGCACCAUAAAAAGCCCCCCGACCAAACAGAGGGAGAGAAAGGAAAAGGGAGAGUGAGAGUGGGAGCACGCAUCGCUGGAUAUCAUAGGUUUUGGUAGCUCUCAUGGUGUAACACUCAUCCCAGUCAGUAAGCAACAGGAACCAAUUCAGUCCCCGCAAUGGCGUGUGUUGUAAAAUGGACGUUAUAAAGAAGAAACAAUGAAAACAAGGACACACAAAGAAUCGAUGCCCAUGCGCAGUGGGCGGCGGCGGGGGGCGAGUGAGGAGAGAAGGGGCAGACGCCCGCACUCCAGCCCCACUCGCCCUGAACGCAACGAUAGACAGACGCAAAGAGGUGCUGUUGAGGAAUUGGCUGGAAAUCGCUUCAGUCGCAGAUCACAAGGGCAUGAUUCAUCAGAGAGUGAGGGGGAGGAACUUGUGUCUCCUCCAAAGAGGCAGAAAGUUCAGGAUUCAGUCUCUACGCCAAACCCUCCAACAUCAACACACUCGACUGACAGCUCGGCUCCUUCCACUGUCCCACCUCCAACCUCGGUUGCCAGCCAAUCUCGUGAGAGUGACAACGAAGAUGGCCAAUCCCAGGGCAGCAGGAGUUCUGUUGUUGGGAGCCUGGCCAAUAGCAGCAGCAGUCUGAGCAGCGGGCGGGAUAUAGACCAGGACAAUCGUUCCUCAUCUCCGAGUCUCUCUGCCUCCCCUCUGGGUAGCCUGGACUCUGAUUCCGACGGCCCAGACUCACCAAAGCAAGGAGAGCGGGAACGAGAGAAAAGCAAGGAAGGGGGGGCGGGGAAGGUGUCAGGCGAGGAGAGGAGAGCGCUACGAGAGGGGAGAGGAGAGGACUCCUGUGGAGAUGGAGAAAAGCGAGAUGUGGAUGCAAGAAUUGAAGACUGUCCUUCUCUUAAGCCCCCCUCCACUCCGUGCUCUUCCUCUGGUCUGACUCCCUCCCUCCGGGGAGCAGGGGACUCAACAAAUGACAGCAAUAGCGGGAGGAAGUCCUACUUCUCCCUGGACUCCAAAUUGAUGUGUAAAGUUGAGUAUGGUGGACCAGUGGGUGUCGAUGGUGCACUUAGUGGCAACCGAAUGAAUUCCAAAGCCAGCACUCAGUGCGUGACCAAGAAUACUAUCUCGGGAGACUUUUCCCACAACAGCCCCAACAUUCCACACUCCUUACCCCCUCCUCUCCCACCUCCACCUGCCUUGAAGCCCUUGGAGCUCGGGGGACAAAACCUGCCUGCUGAGGUUAAGACAGAAAGAGACAAAAUAGAAAAAGCAGACAAACUCCUGGACAAGGCUCAGUCCACUCCUCCCUCGCUGCUGCCACAGACCGGCCCCCAGCCACAGUCCCAGCCUCAGACCCAGACCUCCACCCACCCUCAUCACUACAGCUCCUCCAGCUGGCAGGGUGGCACGGCAACUGGUUGCCAGGGGAGCUGGGGCUACACCCGUUACCCUAGCAACCACCACCCACACCAACCACAGCACCAGCCCCCGGUGCAGCAGCAGCAACUUCCCUCUGUUUACAACCCUCCGUCCUCUCGCCACUCCUCCUCCCACCCCUCUUACCUCCCCCAUCCUCAUCCUCACCCCCACAGGGAGUACCUUCCCAGGUACGCCGGAGGGGGAGGGGAAAGAGAGAGGGGGGCUGCAGGAGAGAGGGAGAGGGGAGUGAGGGGGGAGUGUGGGGGGAGAGAGUUGAACAGGGAGUUCUCUGCUCCCAUUGGCAACAGCAGCAACAAUAGUAGUGGGGUUAAUAGUAAUAGUGCUUCUGGUGGAAUAGGUGGACCCAACAGCAUCCAAGGCAGGGAGUUUGGGGGUCAGUCAGCGGGUCAGAACCGGGAGUUCCAAAGUUCUGGGAGAGAUGGACCUAACUUAGCUCCUGAAAGAAGAGACUUUGGUCCCGCUUUCAGAGACAGGGAGCGAGAAAGGGAAAGGGAACGUGAGGGAGGAAGGGAGUUUCCUCUGCCAAACCAAAAUCAGAGUAGAGACUUUGGUCCCAAUGGAGCUGGAGGGGGGCAUCCCAGAGACAAAGAUGGAGGCAGAUGGGGUGAGUUUGGGGGUCAGACAAGAGAGGUUGUUGGAAACAGUAACCCAAACAACAGCUCUAUCCCCCAGGGUAACCCUCCAAGUUCCACUAGCGGUUUACCUGUGACCCCAAUGCUGAACCGAGACCCACCUGCAUCACCCCAAAACAAUCCCUGCCACCCCUCUCAUUCCUCCAUGCCGCCACACCCCCACCCACAUCCCCCAAAUUCAUCCAACCGAGACUUUCCUCCUUCAAUGGACCAGGCACAAACUCCUUCCUCGGGAGCCGACCACUUUCAUAGAGAGUACACUCCCACUGGAGGAAAAGACUUUCCUGCCGGGGCGCCUCCUUCUGCUGGCACAAAUCGAGAGUACCUCAGCUCCCCUGGGGUGACUCCAAACCUUGGACGAGAGUAUUCAGGGCCUGGAGGAACCCAAAAUCCCCACCCACAUCACCCCCACUACCAGUCUGCAACCAGAGACAGAGAAAGGGAUUCAAACCUGCGUGAGCCAGCUUUGUACCAAAACCGUGGAGGCCAAAGCCAACCUCCUGCACUCUCUCCUUCCUCCUCGUCCACCCAUCACGUCCACCCUCCAAAUCCUCCUUACCCACCGCCACCUCAGCCCCCUCUAGCCCCACCUCAAACCUCCCAUUCCCAGCCACCCCCUUCGGGUAUGACACCCAAUGUACACCCCCAGCACUACCAGUCCUCGUCCCAGACUCCUCCAACCCCUCUUUCUCCCUUACCCAGCCCUUCCACCAAUCAGAUGGGAGGCUUCUCAUCUUUUCCCCCUGGCUCCUCCUCUGCAUCCAACAUGCCACUUGCUGGACCAGGUGUGCCAUCCAGCUGUUCAGCUGGAUGUCGCCCCUCCCCUUUCCAUGGCACUUUGAACAACCACCCUCCAUUCAGUGGAACGUACCACUCCAAUGGGAACAGUGGCAGUAACAUGGCCAAUAGCAAUAGCAACAAUAGCGCACCCAAUAGCAGCAAUACCAACUCACAGUCUCUCUCGCCUCAAAAUAUGUCCAAAGGACCCCCGCCUCUUAGCAACUCUGCCAACAACAACAGCGUCUCGGCUCCCGCCUCCAGUUCUUCACUCCCGAGUGGAGACGGACAUUCAGAUUCGGGCCCGCCUCCCCCACCUGUCAUCAUCAAGGAAGAACCAAUAGAAGACAGGGAAGAGAAUGAAAGCCCACCUUUGGUGUUGAGAAGCCCUUCUCCUGAACCCAAACCUGUAGACAUCCCUAUCCACGCCAGUCAAUCAGCACGGUUUCACAAGGUCCUUGACCGUGGCAACGGGAACUCCUGUGCCCGCAGCGAUGUCCUCUUUGUCCCGUUGGAUGGCUCCAAACUGUGGAAGAAGAGAAAUGAGAUGAUUGAAAGGGCCCGGAGAGAGGUCGAACAGCGGGCCAGAGACCUGAGAGAAAAAGAGAGGGAAAGAGAGCGGGAGCGGGAGCGUGAGAGGGAACUGGAUCGACAUCUACAGCAGCAGAAGGAUGUCAACGCCGCUGGAGUGUGUCGCCAGGGCUCCUCACUCUUCUUUCCCUCCUCGUCCUCUAUCAUCCUUGAUCCUUCAUCUUCCUCCUCAGGCAACCCUGUCUCCCAUCAGUCCCCUCACCCCCAGCAUCAUCAACAUCCACAUGUUCACCUUUCUCAAGCACAUCAUCUUCAUCCCUCCCUCUCUCACUCUAUCCCCCACUCCCUCCUCAUGCCAUCCAUGGGUGGGGCAUCAGCCAUGGUUGGAGGCCAACAGGGAGCCCUGGGAAUGGGUUUAGGAGGUCCGUACCUGGGCCCAGACACCCCAGCACUGAGAACCCUGAGCGAGUACGCUCGCCCUCAUGCUAUGUCUCCUCUCGGAGCAGCAAGCCGUGCCCAGGCUCACCACCAACAAAUGCACCAUGGUCAUCCCCAUGUCCACCCCUCAUUUUUCCUUCCUCAGUUCCAAAAUCAUGCUUUAGCCCACCCCCACCAUAUGCCUGCUGAUGCAGCUACAGCAGCAGCCAUCUUGGGUUUUUUGUAUGGGGGCAGCAUUGAAGGUGGUCCAGUUGUUGGUGGCCACCCAGGAAUGGCUGGAGGCCAGAUACCUGGAGGGUUUGGGGGAGCAGGAUUCGGAGGAGUUGGCUUUCCUCAUGCGAUGGCUGCACAUCGAGAUCGAAUGAAGCAAGGGUUUGAAUUUAAGAGCGAUGAGCGGGUUUACCAUCCAGGGUCCAUACCCGAUCAUGCAGCUCUCGCACUUGCCCACUCACAUUCACAUGCCCAUGCCAACGCCCAUGUGCAUGCGCAUGCGCAUGCGCAUUCCCUGCUCCUUGGAGGAGGUCCUGCGGGAUCUAAUGAGGUGUCAGUCUAUGGCACUCCUCCUCCCCCAGCUCCCCCUGGCCCUCCACACCUCCAGAACCCAAGCCUGGCCCCAGUAACUCGACCUCCCAACCCUCCAGCGCCUCAGUCUCUGUCCAAUCCACCCCCCCCAUCUCUCCGCCCACCCUCACUCCCCUCUCACCCUUCAUCCGCGGCACCCACUGCCCCCACAGCCCCGGCCACCCCUGCUGCUCCUCCGCCAGCUCCUCCUCCACCUGCUCCACCGACCUCCAAUGCCGCCUCACUUCAUCACCCAGUCCCUCAUUCUUCUUUUCCCAGCGCUCUGUCCUCUCAUCUGCCACCAGCCCCUGCUCCAGCCGCUCCCCCCGAGGCCUACCCCACUCCCACUCGCUCACCCGCCUCUUAUGAGCGAGACAGGAGUGAGGAGAGAGAGAGGGACAGGGAGCGAGACAGAGCAGCUUUGCCGCCAUUUGGGGACAGAGAGCGAGAAAGAGAGAGGGAGAGGGAGAGAGAAAGGGGAGGAAGUGGUGGAGGAGGAGGAGCAGGAGGGGGAAGUGGAGGAGGAGGAACAGGUGGAGGAGGUGGGGGAGAGAAUCCGGGACGUCUUCAGAUGCUAAACGUGACGCCUCAUCAUCACCAGCAUUCACACAUCCACUCACAUCUUCACCUACACCAGCAAGACACAGCGGCGGGCGGGGUUCACCCCCUGAUGGACCCGUUGGCGUCGGGGUCUCCUUUGGCACGCCUCCCAUAUCCAGGAGCCACGCUAGGCACUCCCAUCCUGGCUCACCCCCUCACUGACAGCGAGGUUCUCCGCCAACAGCUGUUCGGUGAGGAGAAGGCUCCUCGUCCAUGUGCUCCUUUCCGUGACUUGCCCCAGCCGUCCUCCCUCACUGGACCCAUGUCAGCAGCCCACCAGCUCCAGGCCAUGCAGCAGGCCCAGAGUGCCGAGCUGCAAAUCCAGAGACUGGCCCUGGAACAACAGUGGAUCCAUCACCACCACCACCACUCCCUCACCCAGGACGAGUACUACAGUCACCUGAAGAAAGAAAGCGACAAGACCAUGUGAGGGAGGGACGCAACAGAGAGCAGCAUGGAGAAAAACCGAGGGACAGUGUGUGUGUGUGUGUGUGUGUGUGUGUGCGUGCACGCGCAAACUUAAACGCAUAAAGCUAAGGCGAAGCACCGGACACAGUGAAGGAAUAAAGACUCAAAAGAAAAGCUGGACUGAAGGACGGGGAAUUCACUCAAGAAAUCAAGAAGACUUUGAAGGAUUGACAAAAGAAGGAGGAGGAAGAGGAGGAGGAGGAGGGUGUAAAAACGUGCACCGGGAUGAAGAUGCAGACUCCACUACUUCCCUUCAUUAUGUUCUUGAACUCCAGUCCUGUUUUAUAUCGUGCUCCGUACAGUAUAUUAGAUGGGGGCAGCUAUAGUGAAGUACCGUAUGUGUAAAAUACUUUUGCCAGAAGGAAUGUGUACAUGAGUCUCUUUUAUGUCAUUGCAUGUAGCUAUAGCGCUUAUUCUGACCUGGUGGAACUUUUGGUUCUAUUUUUAGUAAUCACCCCCUCUUUUGUACCCGAGGGGCGUUCUAUAUGCAUGAGACCAGCAAUUUAGUGUUAUGUUUAUGAUCAAUAGUAUUGUUAUUAUGAUUAAUGUCGUCUGUUUGUUGAUAAUGAUAUAAUUAUAUAUACAGUACAUAUUAUUUGUAUUAUUUUUUUACAUUUUCAUGGUAUGGCAGGCAGUUUUUAUUUUUAUUUUUUAUUUUGGAUUUACCUUGUGAAACAAGAUGCAAAUGAAGGCAAAAAAAUCUGGAAAUAAAUUAUAAUCUUUUUUUUUCUA